GUCAUCUUUUCGUCGUGCCCCGCCCUCCAAAGGCAGCCUUCCUCAAUUGGCGGCGGAUCCGUGCCUCGCAUCACAUGGACUACAGAUACUAAACUCUCAAAAUCCCACCUGUCUCCAAAACAAUGGAUUUUAUCUGAGCAUAAUAACGUUAAUUGCGGCAGUGGCUUCUCUCACGCCUUGACGCUGUUGGAAUUGCUUUUUAAGGGGAGCGGACAGGGGAAACGAGUCUCCUUUUGCCGAAUGAUUUUAGCUGCAGUGCUGCAGUUUGUCACCCAAACCGAGCGAAGAAUGUCACGACAGCUACAGCAGCAGAUUUCGUUCAAAGCUUUGGACGGUGUGGUGGAGGUCAAAAGUAAAACUCCACAGACUUCACAUAGAAAAGUUUGAAGCAGAAUACCGUCGCUUUGCUUUCAAGAGGAACUGCCCAGGUGGCUUCCAAGAGUUCUAUACCCUCCUCCAAACUAUCCAUCGCAUUCCUGAAGUAGACAUGUUAUUGGGGUACGCAGAUGACCAUGGAGACCUCCUUCCAAUCAACAAUGAUGAUAACUUCAACAAAGCUAUCUCAUCAGCAAAUCCCUUGCUUCGCAUUAUUAUAACCAGGAAAGAGGAUGAACCUGUAGGUUUUGGAACCAACUCCCUCCAAAGGCAUAAAAAAGGCCUGGGAUUAACAGGACUUCGGAAUGCUGGCUCAUUGUCUUCACAUUCAAAGAGCAAAAUUGGUCUCAUGAUUGGCCGACCACAGAACUUCCGUCAAAUUUCAUCAAUUAUUGACGUGGAUAUUCUACCAGAGACACACCGCCGUGUACGGCUCCAUAAGCAUGGUACCCAUAAACCCUUGGGCUUCUACAUCCGAGAUGGGGCCAGCAUGCGAGUAACACCUUAUGGUGUAGAAAAGGUUCCAGGAGUAUACAUAUCCCGCCUUGUUCGUGGUGGUCUUGCAGAGAGCACUGGACUUUUGGGAGUUAAUGAUGAAAUUCUUGAGGUCAAUGGCAUCGAUGUCACAGGAAAAUCUUUAGACCAGGUGACAGACAUGAUGGUGGCCAACAGCCACAAUCUUAUAGUGACAGUGAAACCAGCUAAUCAGAGGAACAAUGUCAUGCAUCGAGGGAGUAAAAACACAGGAAAUUCUGGUUCUUUUGGAUCAAACGGAUCUACAGGCUCGGCACUAUCGCACGAUUCAACGGGUCCUGCCUCUCAAAGCACCCCCAUCACUGCAAGUAACAGCAUUGUCGAGGGUGACAGUGAUGAAGAAAAUGAUGAUGAUGAUGAUGAUGAUGAUGAUGAUGAUGAUGGCGACCUCAUCCUGGAAAGUGACUGUUUGAUGUUCUACCAAAAUCAUAACAAUAUGAACUUCACCAGUGAAAGAUUGGGCAACACCCCUGUGGUUAGAAACCUCCAACAGAGUGUCUCCAUGCCUGAAUACAUGGCAGCAAACCUGAGAGCCCAUCAAAAUGGGCACCAGAGUCAGACUGCUUGAAGCAUUCAACAAAGUAUGAGAGAGGGUGGCAAGAUAAUGACAUUGUAAAUGCAGCAGUGUGUCGUACCAAAUGUUAUGAUUUGGUGAUAUCUAUUCCAAAUUUUAAACUUACUGGACUCAUCAGCAAUAUUGAUUUCUUAUUUUACCAUGCUGGCCAGGCCAUAUCAUGAACUUGUAUGAUGUUAGACUCUUUGCAGCCACUAUUCACACAUGGCUGUGAAGAAUUGUCAUGCUACCACAAAGUUAAUGCGUAGCAUUAUAUAUAUGGAGACUGUCAUGAAACACUUUGCGGCUCCAACUACUAUUCUUUGUUUCUGAAGCACGUGCCAAAUAAAGAUGAUUCUGAUUCAGAUUCUAAUAUAUAGAGUGGACCUCUGUCAUUCACAGUGGGGUUUGGGAGAGAGCCUGACCACAAAUAGUAAAUUCCCACAGAUUGAUGCUUCCCUGAAAACAAUUAUGAUGGCUAUGACUAUAUCAGUGUUUCUCAAAGUUUGGGAAAAGUACCACUGGUAGUAUGCAGGCUCCCUUUAGUAAGAAACCCAAAUAAUGAAGUAUAUGAUCAUAUUGUGCCAUAAAGUCUAUCUUGAUUUUUUUUUUAGAAAUCGAAUAUGCUACAUUUGUUGCAUGCAGUUCAGCUGUAUGUACUACAUCUUUAAAUACUAUACAUUUUCAUUUACUUCAGACAUGUUCUAAGAGUAUAUUUGCAAACAAUAAUGUUCAGAAGUUCAAAAAGUAAAUAUCUUGUCUUGUAACAGAUAUACAAAUCAUUGAAUUUUUUUAUUUACACAUUACACAACAUCCCAACUUCAUUGGAACUGGGGUUUGUAAUAUUGCUCUUUUUACACUUAUGAUUUUGGAUUGGCCAGUGUGUGAACACAGAAUGUCGACUUACAAGUGUUGAUCAGACAACGAGUUUGUUUUGCUUUGUUUUUGCCGUGGUUAUGGCCAACAGUAAUCGUUUACUGUCUCAAUUAAAGAUAUGUUACAAUACAAUUAACACCAUACAUACUAGAGACAGGAUUUUGCAACCCCCCAAAAACAGACAGAUAUGCGGGGCUUCACUGAAUUACAAUUUCUUUAUUAUGAAAGAAUGAAAAGCGAGCUCUAAGAAAAAAUGUGAUGUCAGUAUACUCUGACUCACAGACAAUACACAAGCCUAGAUGUUGCCCCAGUCCUUGUAUUUCCAUACGUUGGUUGAUUCAGUCAAAACCUCAAUUCUUUAAAAUAAAAUAAAAACUGAUUGGACAAAUUUCAUCCACAGAAAAGAAGUACCUGUUCACCCACCAGCUGAAUUUAUUGAAUUUAAAUUCUCUCUUAUUCUUGUAUGGUCAUGUUUCCUGUUGCCAAAAUUAUCUUGACUCUUUCUUGAGGUAGCCAUAUUGUUUGUAUUUAUAGAAAUAGGAUUCAUAAGUCUCUUUUUUUUCACUUGUUGGUGCUGGCAGGGAAAAUAAACGUA